UUGAAAAAAAAAUCCUUCCGUUUUAUCAUCAACGAGCGCACUUUAAGACUAUAACGGCUACUUUCCUCCUCUCUCUCUCUCUCCAAAAUUCUCGAUCUGUGUCUCUGAAUCGCUGUUUCAAUUUCAGAAACUUUCAAGCAUAAUCGACGAAUUUCUCUGAUCUUCUUCUUCCUCGGAUAGUUUCAGUGUCAGAUCAAAGCUUCAAUUCUGGAAAGUCUCCGAGAAAUCUCCCGUUUCAGGCAGAACCACUUCAGCAUGUCGAUUGUUCAAAGCAGCCCGCUUCUUCAAUUGGAAACCACAUGCGGAUCACUACUAUAUGAGCUCCAGAUCAUUUGGGAUGAAGUCGGAGAAACAGAAGCUGAAAGGGAUAAGAUGUUGCUUGAGCUUGAACGCGAAUGCCUGGAAGUGUACAGAAGAAAGGUUGACCAUGCAAAUCGCUGUAGAGCUCAGUUAAGGCAAGCAAUCGCUGACUCCGAAGCACAGCUAGCAGCUAUCUGUUCUGCCAUGGGGGAGCGCCCUGUGCAUAUUAGACAGUCUGAUCAAAAUGCUGGAAGCUUGAAAGAAGAGCUUGAGUUGAUUUUACCUCAGCUGGAAGAGAUGCAAAAGAGGAAAUCAGAAAGAAGAAAUCGACAGAAACCAUUCUUGGAAGAAGAGAAACAAACACCAAAGAACAUACCCAUCAUCCCUCUUCCAUGUACACCUGCGCAGGAACAUCGUUCUUCUACGGCACUUAUCGAUGAGACUGAUUUGUCUCUGAGAAAGCUUGACGAGUUACAUGUCCAACUACGUACCCUUCAGAAGGAGAAGAUUGAUCGCUUGGAGAAGAUUCAGGAGCAUCUGGGUACUUUGUACUCCCUUUGUUCAGUGCUUGGAAUGGAUUUCAAAGAUGUCGUUGGCCAAGUUAAUCCAACAUUAGCUGAUCCAGAAGGACCAAGAAACAUAAGUAAUCAUACUAUCGAGCAAUUGGCCACCGCAGUCCAAAAACUGUGGGAGGUUAAGAUACAGAGAAUGCAGAGGCUUCAAGACCUUGCAACAGCCAUGUUGGAGCUCUGGAACUUGAUGGACACACCUAUAGAGGAGCAACAAGAGUUUCAACAUGUUACCUGUAAUGUAGCUGCUUCAGAACAUGAGAUAACUGAACCCAACAGUUUAUCUGAAGACUUCCUAAAAUAUGUUGAGGCAGAAGUUGCCCGAUUGGAUGAGGUGAAGUCCAGCAAAAUGAAAGAACUUGUCCUGAAGAAGAAGUCAGAGCUCGAGGAAAUAUGUAGGAAAAUUCACCUGGUGCUGGUGUCAGAUAAUGCAAUCGAUCAUACCAUUGAGGCGAUGGAAUCGGGAGUUCUCGAUGCCACAAUGAUUUUGGAGCAACUUGAGCAACAGAUUUCUAAGAUCAAAGAGGAAGCAUUGAGUCGAAAAGAUAUACUUGAAAAAGUCGAGAAAUGGCUAGUAGCAUGUGAUGAGGAAAGCUGGCUUGAAGAGUACAAUAGGGAUGAUAACCGAUACAAUGCUGGAAGAGGAGCUCAUCUCACUCUCAAGCGUGCUGAGAAAGCUCGCAACCUGGUUAAUAAACUUCCAGGAAUGGUCGAGGCAUUGGCCUCAAAGACUAUAACCUGGGAACAAGAGAUGGGAAUCGAGUUUUUGUAUGAUGGUAUUCGCCUACUUUCCAUGCUUGAGGAGUAUACCAUACUGCGACAGGAGAAAGAAGAAGAACGUCGUAGGCAGCGGGAUCAGAAGAAGCUCCAAGGGCAGCUCAUAGCAGAGCAAGAGGCGCUUUACGGGUCAAAGCCCAGCCCUUCGAAACCCCUCGGCAAAAAGGCUCCUAGAAUGUCAACUGGUGGAGCAACCGCCAACCGGAGACUCUCUGUUGGAGGAGGAAUGAUUCAGACACCUAAACCUAACAAGAAAGCUGACCAGUCCCUUGACAGAAACCAUGUUAACUAUCACCAGAGUGAUGGCGCUUCAGCUUUAUCAACCGGAAAGAGAUGCCUGGACAUAGCGGGAGUUUCCACGAGAAAACAGUCCAUAAACUCCUAUGAACAGCUUCAAUCCCCGCUCGUGCGAAAGCCUUUCUCAUCCAUCUCUUCUGCGGUGGCAUCCAAAGCCAACAUAACAGCACCUCCAAACCCGAAAAACAGCAGCGACCCGUUACAGAAAACUCUGAUCCCAACCAUGAACGAGAACACACCAUUCACAACUCCUCUCAAGAACAGCAAUACAGUCUUGGAAGAAGAGAAACAAACACCAAAGAACAUACCCAUCAUCCCUCUUCCAUGUACACCUGCAAGUGUCUCUGUCUCUGUCUCGAUGCAAACCGCUAUAACUCCUGCUCCAGUUCCAUCCCUCGCCUCGGCUGCACCAUUGUCAGCGAGAUUGGCAGAAGAGACAGAGGAAGUGGAGUACUCGUUCGAGGAAAGAAGGCUCGGGUUUGUGGUUCAAAGCACGAGGGCUAACCCUAUGAUCCAAGUUUGAGCUUUUGCAUCAAUCUUUUGAGGUGAUGAGUGCAGAAAAAGGAACUCAUAUUGAGUGUGGAUUGGCUUUGGUUUCUUCAAGUUUGGGAUAGGUCAAUUACAUGAUUGGCUUUUCCUAAGCUUCAGUGUGUAUAAUUCCAUUCAUCUACGGGUCUUAGGGACUGUGACAAUGACUGUUGAAUCCUUUUUUCUCAGAAUGAUACUGCAAAUUUAACGGUCUGAAA